AUGGCCGCGCAGCCGCAUCUGAUCGCCGUCGUCGUCAUGGCAGCAGGCAUCCUCCUCCACGCCGCCUCCGCGACGACGGUCUACGACGUCCUCCAGCAGAACAACCUACCGCAGGGGCUCGUGCCGCAGGGGGUGCAGUCGUACACGCUGGGUGCUGACGGGCACCUGGAGGCGACACUCCCCUUCCUCUGCGACUUCUUCGUCCCCAUCGCCGGCAGGCAGCUCAAGUUCCGGUUCGGCACCAACUUCGGCGGGACCGUCCAGCCCGGCGCGGUCCACGACGUCUAUGGCGUCAGCUUCCAGGCGGAGUACGCCUGGAUCGGGAUCAGGCAGGUCGACCGCGACGGCGACCAGCUCACCUUCCUGGCCCAGAAUAUCCAGCAGUCCUUCCCGGUGAGCUCCUUCGCCGUCAGCCCUACCUGCAGCUCAUGA